CCUGCCGAAAGACAGUUCACCAGUCAGUUGUGAGUGUGUUGCGUUUGUGGAAGAGUGUGUGGAGCUCUCUAAUCGAUGCAGCUGGUACCCAGGUGGCAGGAUGGAUGCCCUGUUGUGGAGAUGUGUGCUGGGACUCCUCUGCACACCUGCAGUGCUCACCUGGACAGUUUCCCAGAGCCCCAGUGCCGUAUCUCUGAUGAAGGUCAACUUCUCAGCUGAGAUCCACUGCUCCACAUCGCUACCCGACCCCACAGGCCUCUACCUCAGGGGUCGAUUCCACGGUGACAGAGAUGUACUGUACUUGUCGAUGGCUGACAGAGCAGUCAGUAGGAUCACCACCCACUAUGGGUUCAAAGGUCGGGUCACAGUGGUGUCAGACCAGGACCAGGAGGUCAAGCGGUGCUGUGAGUUCACACUGAGGCUGUCCCAGCUUGGGGUGGAUGACACAGACAGUUACUACUGCAGCUGGAGGUACUACGAUAGCCAAAGGAAAGUGCUGGUACAGCUGCAGAGUAAUGGCACCAUCAUCAUGGUCAGAGAGAGAGAUCCAGAGGAGUGCUUUGGUGGCGGUCAGACCAUCAUGGAACUCAUCUUGAUUGUGCUGAGUGGGACGACCUUCAUCGUCAUCCUCAUCCUCUUCAUCGGAGCUUGGAUGUGGCGAUGCACAAGGCACUACACACCAGCCAGGGUCAAUAGAAGACACCACCAUAACCAACACCAGCAUGUGUCCACAGCCCAGGCCUACUUCUUCUCAAGCAGCUCUCCAGACAAGGUCGACUUUAGAGGAAUACUGUAACAUUGAAGGAAUUGGAAGAAGUAAUUCUGCAAUUUAUGUAAUAAUUUACCUUUAGAGUGUCUAUGCAGUUAGGCCUACUGUCUGUUCUCACUAAUGGAAUGUUCUUUAAAUACCAUUUUCGGCUAGAUUUCAGAUAUAUUUUCAGACGUCUGUCUGAGCAAUUGUAAAAUUGUGCAAUCCAUAUUUUUUAUUAUAAUUAUUUUAUUUUUUGCCAUUUGCAUUGUUCUGCCAUUUCUAAAGUUGGUAGUUGUGCAUUUCUCUUCAAUGCAUCUUACAGAAAUGUCAGUGCAAUUAAUAGCGUGCAAUUCUGUGCCAAUUGUAAGCUACUGUUCUCAUCAGAUCUUUCUCACGAAAUGUCUGUGUUUCUCUUCUUUUGUGUCUCCACUUCCGAUUGUUAUGGAAUUGUCUAUGUUAGCAGAAAGACUCAUUCUAUGUGACUCAGUGACACAUACCAUACCACAUCCUGCAGUUUGAUGUCUGACGUGCUUUUCAGAUCAGAUGUGGGCUGCCUAAUGUGUGAACAGGUCAAUUGUUUAUUUUUUGCACAUCCAGCAGAUUUAAAAGAUUAAGUGUUUUGACAAUGUAGGCUAAUCUGUUUGAUUAUCCUACUCUUCAUCUGACAUGUCCUAAUGUGACCAAUGUCACGACUUCCUCCGAAGCUGCCUCCUCUCCUUGUUCGGGCAGGCUUCGGCGUUCGUCGUCACCGGCCUUC